AUGAGAAGAUUAUUACUAAGAUUGUCUGAUACAGGAGAACCAGUUGUUAGUUGUUCAUAUGGGAAAGGUGUUCUAACUUUGCCAUCUUUACCAAACCCUAGCAACUACAAAAUAGGUGAUCCAUUGUACACUAUUGUUCUAGUUGUAGCAGCCGGAUGUCCUGUUAGUAGAGAUGCUAUUUUGUGGACAAACGUUCCAAAAGAUCAUAAAACUGAGUUUAAGAGGGACAAAUUUUACAAAAAUAUUAUCAAGGCUAGUUUCCACAAGGAUGAUUAUAUACACAUUCCAAUUUACCACCCUGGUCCAUAUUGCUAUUAUAUAUCUUUUAGAAAUGAUAAUGACGAGUUGCAAACUACUAAAAAGUUUUAUUUUGUUACUCCUCCCGUUUUAACCAUAAACGAUAAUUUUGUUCAACUAAACUCGAUAUCGUUGCAGACUGUUGUUUCCAAGUGGGUAGAUCCUUCUAACUGGGAUCCCAUGUUUAAAAAAAUUUCCAGAAAAGGGUAUAACAUGAUACAUUUUACUCCUUUGCAACAAAGAGGCGAAUCGGAUUCUCCGUAUUCUAUAUAUGAUCAGUUGAAGUUUGAUCCUACUUUUUUCAAUUCUUCAGAGGAUGUUUCUAAAAUGGUUUCUAAGUUACGUUAUAGUUAUAACAUUCUAUCUUUGACAGAUGUGGUAUUUAAUCAUACUGCCAAUAAUUCUAGUUGGCUAAGGGAUCACCCAGAUGCCGGUUACAACCAAGUAACUGCACCCCAUUUAACUCCUGCUAUCGAAUUAGAUCAACAAUUAUUAACAUUUAGCGUGGAGAUGGCUAAUUUGGGCUAUCCCUGUGAUAUGAAAAACGUUGAUGAUUUGAUAAGAGUUAUGGAUGGUAUUAAAAUACAUGUCUUAGGUAGUAUUAGGCUAUGGGAGUACUAUGUUGUGAACGUGACUGAAACUUUAAAUAGCUUAAAACUAUCUCUUGAUGACAAAGAUUCAGAAUUGCCUCGCUUUGAAAAAGUUGGCGACGAUGUUGUUAAUGAUAUAGUCAAGUUGUCAAAGUUCGUAAAGGAUAACGCAGCAGUAACUCCAUUUGAUGAUACUGUCUUUGGGACUAAAUUUUCCAAGAAGUUAGAUAGUCUUAAAUUUGCCGGUAUUUUAAUUAGUUUUUUCCCCGACUACGAAAAAUCUGAUCUAUUAAAUAAGGCAAGGGAUAUUGUAAAUGAAAUCAACUUACCUCUUUAUAAACAGUAUGAUGAUGAUGUUGCUUGUAUUUUGUUACAGUUGUAUAAUAGGAUCAAAUACUUAAGAUUGGAUCCAAAUGGCCCGCAACUAGGUAAGGUUACUUUUUCUUCGCCUUUAACUGAACCCUACUUUACUCCAGUAAAGUCUUCUAAAGAUGGCAAGACGUAUUAUCUCGCUAAUAAUGGUUGGAUUUGGAACGGUAAUCCAUUAAUUGAUUUCGCUUCUAAUAAAACAAAGUCUUAUUUGAGAAGAGAGGUCAUUUCUUGGGGAGAUUGUGUUAAAUUGAGAUAUGGUUCAGGGCCGGAAGAUUCUCCCUAUUUGUGGGAAAGAAUGGCAGAAUAUGUUAAAUUAAAUGCUUCGAUAUUUGAUGGGUUCCGUAUUGAUAACUGUCACUCCACACCCAUACAUGUCGGUGAAUAUUUUCUUGACAUUGCUCGUAAAGUUAACCCAAAUUUAUAUGUUUUAGCUGAGUUGUUUAGUGGUAGUGAAGAGUUGGAUUGUUUAUUUGUGGAAAGGCUUGGUAUCAACUCUUUGCUAAGGGAAGCUAUGCAGGCAUGGUCAGAAGAAGAAUUAAGCUCUUUGAUUCACAAGUAUGGUGGUAGACCUAUAGGUUCUUAUAAGUAUUUACCAUUGGAUGACUAUGCUUAUUCGACUGAUUUUAAGUUGGAUGAAGAAUAUUGUGAGUAUUUGAAGACUUCUAACCAAAUUAAGUGUGUUUCAGAGAUUAAAAUGCCGAAAACUUUAACAGCGACUCCACCUCAUGCCUUGUUUAUGGACUGUACGCAUGAUAACGAGACACCCUUUCAAAAGAGAACUGUGGAAGAUACUCUUCCUAAUGCUGCCUUGGUUUCUUUUUGUUCUUCCGCCGUUGGUUCUGUUUAUGGCUACGAUGAAAUUUUCCCAUACUUGUUAGAUGUUGUGAACGAAAAAAGAAAAUAUAGUGUUAAGCAAGAUGAUGGUAUUUCUGAUGUUAAAACAUUAUUGAACAAAAUCAGGAAAAAAAUUGCGCUGGAAACUCAAGACAUUGAAGAUUCAGAAAUGCAUAUUCACCAUGAAGGUGAGUAUAUAACAUUCCACAGAACAAAUACUAGAAAUGGAGCGGGAUGGUUUUUAAUUGCACGUUCGAAAUUCAAUGAUGAUGUACCUUAUCAAGCUCCGCCCAAAAUUGUAUUGAAUUCCAGUAUCUGUAAGUUCGAUUUUGCCUACACUUUGGAAAUUGUAGGGGAUGUUCCACAAGAUACCAAGUUUAUUAAUGGGGUUGAAACAAGAUUGAGGCCUUUGAGUGGGUUGGAUAUUAAUAAAAUUGGGGAUUCUGAUAAUGUUGAGAUCAUUAUUCCUGAUGAUUUCCCUGCUGGCUCUAUUGCAGUAUUUGAAACGAAGCACAUUGGUGUUGAUAAAGAUUUAGAUACCUAUCUUAGAUCUGGUGUUGUUAAGGCGUGCAGAAAUCUGAAUCUAGACUCUUUGAAUGCGCUUUUGUAUCGUUGUGAACCUGAAGAAAGGGAUUCCAGCAAUGGAGAAACCGGUUGCUAUGUGAUUCCAAACUAUGGGCCGAUAAUAUAUGCUGGUUUACAAGGUUGGGUGUCAAUAUUUAGAAAUGUGAUAUUCAAUAAUGAUUUAGCACAUCCUAUAAGUGAACAUUUAAGAAAUGGUCAAUGGGCCUUGGAUUAUGUUUGUGAUAGAUUGAAUAAAUAUAAAAAUUUGGAUGGUGUUGAGGAGUUCCAAGCUUGGUUAAUCUCAAGAAUGGAGAGGAUUAAACGCAUUCCUUAUUAUCUAAUUCCAACUUAUUUUUCGUUAAUCGUUGGGGUUGCUUAUGAAUGCUGCAGGUUUAAGUGUAUGCAACUUUUAUCGCCUAAUAUUGGUAAGUCUACGUUGUUUGUGCAGAGUUUAGCUUUAGCUUCAGUUCAGAUGGUGUCCAAGGUGUAUUCGGCUUCAUUGCUGCCUGACAAGUCCGUUAGCUGUCUUGCUGCUGGUUUACCGCAUUUUAGUUCUGGUUUUAUGAGAUGCUGGGGUAGAGAUGUGUUUAUCUCAUUGAGAGGAUUAUUAUUGACAACUGGUAGGUUUGAAUAUGCCAAAAGUCAUAUUUUGGCAGCUGCAAAAACUUUGAAACAUGGUUUGAUUCCUAACUUGUUGGAUUCUGGUAGAAACCCCAGGUAUAAUGCUAGAGAUGCUGUAUGGUUUUUCUUGCAAGCUAUUCAAGAUUAUGUGGAUAUUGUGCCUGAUGGCAAGAGUAUUUUGAAAGAAAAGGUUACAAGAAGGUUCCCCUUGGAUGACGAGUAUAUUCCAAUCGAUAGCCCUAAAGCCUUUAGUUAUGAAAGCUCUUUGGAAGAUAUUAUUUAUGAAAUUUUUUCAAGACAUGCUAAAGGAAUUAAGUAUAGGGAAGCAAAUGCAGGGCCUAAUUUGGAUAGAGUGAUGAAAUCUGAUGGUUUCAAUGUCGAGGUACGUGUUGAUUGGGAAACUGGAUUGGUACAUGGCGGAUCCCAAUCCAAUUGUGGUACAUGGAUGGAUAAGAUGGGCGAAAGUGAGAAAGCACAUUCUGUUGGUGUUCCUGGUACACCAAGAGACGGUGCUGCUGUUGAAAUUAACGGAUUGUUAAAAAGUUCUUUGAGGUUUGUCAGAAAAUUAAAUAAAAAUGGAGAUUUUAAAUAUGAUCAUGUGCUUAAAAGCGAUGGGAGCAAAAUUACCUUUGCAGAAUGGGACAAAUUGUUGCAAGACAAUUUUGAGAGGAAGUUCUAUGUUCCUAUGGAUCCUGCAGAUGAUGAUAAGUAUGAUAUUGAUCCUAAGAUUGUUAAUAGAAGAGGUAUUUAUAAGGAUUUGUAUAAAAGUGGGAAGUCAUAUGAAGAUUAUCAGUUACGUCCGAACGCCAUGAUAGCUUUGACUGUAGCACCAGAAUUGUUCACACCGGAAUUUGCUAUUGGUGCUAUUGAAAUUACGGAUAAAGUACUAAGAGGGCCGAUUGGUAUGAAAACAUUAGAUCCAAGUGAUUAUAAUUACAGACCGUAUUAUAAUAACGGUGAUGAUAGUGAUGAUUUUGCUACAGCAAAGGGUAGAAAUUAUCAUCAAGGCCCUGAAUGGGUUUGGUGUUUUGGGUAUUUUUUGAGAGCAUACCAUUUCUUUUAUUUUAACUACAAUCCAAAGUCUCAGAAUCGUGUCAAGCGUAAGCCAUCAUCUUACUUGUACUUACAAUUGUACAAGAGGAUGGACAAGCAUAGGAAGUGGAUCGUAUCUAGUCCAUGGGCCGGAUUGACUGAGUUGACUAAUAAAGAUGGUGAAGAGUGUAAGGAUUCUUCACCUUCUCAAGCAUGGAGUAGCGCUUGCUUAUUGGAUUUAUUUUUUGAUUUAUGGAGUUUGUAUGAAGAGGAUGUGUGA